UUCGAACUCACAAUGUCUAUGGAACGAUGUGAUAUGUGGCGCAACUAGGUGAUGGCCGCAGAAGUUUUGUCAAAAUUCAUGCACAACCAACUUGACAUUCAGUUACAUAGUUCAGCUAACCCAUAGUACAUCCAUCCAUGGGCUAGGUGCGCCACCAGCGUGAAAAAAUAUGACAGUAUAUGAUUAAUACACAGCACAUUGUGAGUUCGGUCUGUUUUGUGCAUUUCAAUCCAAACACAUGCAAUACACACAUUUGCUUCGUAUGUAAAAUUCAACUACGAGCAAAGAUUUUUUGUCCUCAAUACUGUUAUCAAUUGAAUAAAAAAAACGGCGUGCUUUUUCUUAUUCCGUUUAUUUUAAAACACUUUUAAAAAUUGAAUGCUCCCUUUUCACCUUGAAUGCUCCCUAUCAAAAUUAAUCUCCCCGCCGUCAUCGUUCUCUGGCGUGAUUUUUUCAUAUUACUUUCACUGUCAGUAUUUACGAUUCUGUUAUCUGGGGAAGUCGUUAAAAAUAUUUCGAAGAAAGCAAAAAUUACGCACUUCGGUGAAAGGUUCAUAGUGACGUCAUUCAUAUUAACUAAAUAAAACAUGUGUGCUAGGAUGUUGUUUAUAUGUAUGAUGUUUGGUAUUUGGAUUAUCGCGGGCAUACACUACUAAAACUAAAUGCUCUGUACGCAAUAUAAUAGUGUAUUCCCGUGUGCAAAGAUUAUACCAACUUCAUUCAACACACAAAGACGUUUGACUCCGCACUGAAUACUUCGACUGAAAACCAAUCAUAGUCAGCUCGGCUCAUAUAUGAGUAUAUGACUAUAGUCACAGUUUUUUUUAGCACUACAUGAAAUGUAGAGCUACUUAUCUGCUCUUUUUUGUUAUCUUAAUACUUUUUGACUACUGAAACAAAUUAUGGUGAAUUUGAAUUUUAUGCUCAUAUUUUUUAUUCAAUUCAAACUAGUGGCAGUAACGACAAAUAAGUGCAUAGUAUCAUGAAACGCUAAUCAAAUUUUUAUUAUCAAAUGUUGUUUAAAAAUUACAUAAAUUUUUCGUUUAGUAUUUCUCUGAGUUUUGAACAGAAUUAAAGUGACUUUCGAUUCUAUGCUCAUAUUGUUUAUUCCAAGAUCGCUUACUAAACGAAGAAAAACGACGCGUAGAGGCGUCUUGGCGUCUUACGUCAAAUCUUUCCCAUCUAUUUGUAUACGAAGAAAGCGACCUUGUUUAUUCAAUUUAAACCAGAGGCAGUGUCUUUCAAAAAAGAAAUUAAACCAAGAUCUUGUAAUUCAUUAUUGAGAUAACCGAGAAAAUCUUUUUUCUGUACCUACUUUGUUGUAAAUAUAUAUCCUUCGUACUAUGCUUUUAAUCCAUAGUGUUAUCAAAAGGGACGACUUUUAAUAAUAUAUUACUGCAAAGUUACUUCGAUGAAAUACAUUUCAUGUAGUGCGCAAAAAAGUAGUUUGUUGUGAAACAACAAAAUAGAAUAAGUAAAUAAAAUCUCAGGAACGCAGAGUGGAGCGAAGCGAAGCUCUGCGGUCUUGUUAUCACAUGGGUCUGUUUACUUAUUGUAUGUUGUUUACAUUGAACGGUGUUCAGCUAUAUUAUACACUUGAACUGGUUACAAUGAACUGACGCUCGUUUUAUUUCGCCAACAUUAAUACUUAUGCAAUGCAAGAAAACAACGCAUUCGUCUUUUGACUUUACUCUCUCAUGGAACGGUUAGACUGGAAUUUAUAUAAUUGACGCACCAUCUAUCGUCAAAACUUUUUUUUGGAAAUAAACGAUUCGUUGCUAAGUUGAGUUGGAGUUUUUUGAGCAGUGAAAAAAAUGGCUUUUGUGAAUUCAAAGCAAUUUGUUGUGUGCUGCUUCAUUGUGGCGCUGGGUGUUCAAUUUGAAUGGAGCAUAUGGACGGAGAUCGCGAUCAAGAUUAAUCGUUUUGCUUCUAGACUACUACAUAUAAUUGCACAUCCAUACGCUGAGUUGGUCGCGAUUAUACACAGCCCUUUAACAAAAGAGCUUUGCAAUAAGGGCACGGAUCAACUUAUAGAAUAUUAUGGAUACAAAUCGGAGGUGCACAAUAUAACAACGAAGGAUGGUUAUAUUUUAACAGUGUUCCGUUGCAAUUCGAAGAAAGCAGUUGUGGGUCGCAAAAAGGCUGUGAUAUUGCAGCAUGGCAUUUUAGCUUCAUCGGAUGACUUUACCGUAAACAUCCCGAGCCAAGCAUUGGCAUACGUACUCUCUGAUGUUGGCUACGAUGUCUGGAUGCCAAAUACACGUGGAUCCUUUUAUUCAGAGCAUCACGUUAAAUGGGAUACAAACAAUCCGCAAUAUUGGAAUUUUUCAUUGUACGAAAUUGCCAUCUACGAUUAUCCAGCGAUUAUUGACUUUGUUCGCGAAGAAACAGGCAAUUCGAAAGUGUUUAUCGUUGGUCACUCACAGGGCACUACCACUUUGAUGGCUUUGCUAGCCGAGCUACCUGAAUAUAAUCAAUAUAUAGCUGCGGCAAGUCUCAUGGCACCCGUUGGCUAUUUAAACAAUUCGGGAUACAUUUUACAAACGCUGAGUAAAAUUAGCCCGCUAUUAAAACUGUUCAAAUAUACGGAAUUCCUGCCAAGAACGGGUUUAAAUUCCUUAUUCAAAACAUUUUGUACGCUUGAUAUAACCAACAUGUGUGGUCUUUUCAUCGAUCAUUUUUACGGUCAGAGUCACAACCAGAGGAAUGAGAGUAUGAUGAUUCCGUUCCUCUGCAAGGUACCGAGUGGCGCAUCAACUAUGCAAAUUAUACAUUUUGGUCAGUUGGUGAAUUAUGGAUUUUUCGGCAAAUAUAUGGACAGCUCGGACAUUCCUGCCGACUUUGACCUCUCCCGAAUUAAUGUACCAAUCAGUCUUCAUUAUUCACCAAUCGAUAAAUUUACCAAUCCAACCGAUGUGAAUCGAUUGAUCACUAAACUUGACCACACUGUGCAAUUCGUACAAAGGGUUGAUACACAUGGUCACAUGGAUUUUGUGUGGGGCAAGUAUGCGGUCACUGUAGUUUACUCGAAAAUUUUAGAGUUUUUUGCGAAAUAUCAAUAAUUAAUAUUUAUGACGAAACUAGAUUAACCGAUUAGAGUACUUGUAAAAGGAACAAAACACUUCACGUUCCAAAUUGAAACAUUCAAUAUCAAUAAAAAAUCAAUUGCAUUUACUCGAUUUGGAAGCUUCAUCAUCUGACACAUUGCUGCUUCUUGUAGUCAGCUGUUUUUCGUUAAUCGAAAAUAAAUUUAAUUUCCAUUUUAUUUGAGUCAAUGUCAAACACGAUGAGAUAUUGAAAAAUCUACUCCGUUCGCUUCAAAAAUCACGUCAAAUACAUUCACUUGCGCUUGUUUAAAUUGAACUUUCACCGUUGCGCAAUUGCAUGAUAAGAUACAGCGAAUCCAUUAGCGUGAUUCUAUUACCGACAAAAUAAUCAACAAAACGAUUUGGUUGUAUUUCAAAAAUGAAUAUCGCGAUAACUUCAUCACAUACAGUCUACUGAAUGAUAUUACUCGCUACUUGUUAAGUCUCCGUUUGCUUUAUACUAUUAGCAGUGUAUAUAGUCCACUGUGAUUCACAUUGUUUUACAAAUAAGUUAAUGCCGUUAUAGAACCUCAUCGUUGUCAUGUGUACCUUGAAAUUAUUUAGCAGGUAAACUUAAAUGUGACAGUGUAAAAAAUAUGACAGAAUUUAAAGACAGUUACCAAUGUUUUUAGAAUAUAUGAUUUUUCUUUCUUUUUUUCAAGUAUAAAUUGACCCAAUUUUGAUUUCGCACUAACUUACAUUAAUUGAAAUUCGUAAUUUAUUGAAUUGUUGCCAUGUAUUGUAAUGUUUAUUUUUUUUUUAAAUGGCACUAUUUUAUGAAUGUUUUGUUUGAAAAGUUUAAUUUAAUGAUAAUAGAAUUUCGAAUCUGUGAAUUAAAUGUAUCAAACUCGUUUGUAAUGAUUACUAAAAAUACUCCGA